GGCCGGGCAGGCUUGGAAAUGCCCCGGAAGCGGAAGCUUGGGAAGGCGCUCACAUUUGCAAACCCGCGACGGAGCAGUUCGCCGAGCGAGUCGACGGCUAGGAAGACGAUAAGGGCCCAGCCAUGAGCCUCUUAAACAAGCCCAAGAGUGAGAUGACCCCAGAGGAGCUCCAGAAGAGGGAGGAGGAAGAGUUCAACACGGGGCCCCUCUCUGUUCUCACCCAGUCCGUCAAAAACAAUACUCAGGUGCUAAUCAACUGUCGAAACAACAAGAAACUGCUUGGCCGGGUCAAAGCCUUUGACAGGCACUGCAACAUGGUGUUGGAAAACGUUAAGGAGAUGUGGACAGAGGUGCCCAAGAGUGGGAAAGGCAAGAAGAAAUCGAAACCUGUCAACAAGGACCGCUACAUCUCCAAGAUGUUCCUACGUGGAGAUUCGGUCAUUGUGGUGCUGAGGAACCCCCUAAUCGCUGGCAAAUAAUAGGCUGUCAGCAGGCUGUAGGUGCUUGAGAGCCUAGUCCAGUAAAGUGGUCUAAUCAAGAAACCAGCAAGAGGCUGUUAAGGUGCGCUGAUGGCUUUAGCCAAUAGCAUCUUCUUAGCAUUUACAAGUAUUUCUGAGCAAUGAGUACCCAGUGCCGCGAUGAAGGAAAGUGCAAGGCUUCUUGCUAUUCAUAGAGUUGAUGAUGACAUUUCCAAUCCCCAGACACCCUGGUUAUGUUCAUAUAUGUUGCCCGAUGACCUUUUCUUUUGUAAUAAACAUUUUGUUAAAAUCCUC